GCCAAUCCGACUGUGACUAUGACCUAUAUCACAGUAUUCGGCCCUUCCCUUGCUGAUUGCUUAAAAGAAGCAAGCACUCCUGUCAGACUUGCCGCAGAGAGGUGUGCAUUGCAUGCCUUCCAAUUAUCAAAAGGGACAGACAAUAUUCAAACUUCACAGAAAUUCAUAACAGGCUUGGAUGCUAGACGCAUUUCGAAGUUCCCUGAACAUAGUGAUGACAGUGAAGACAGCGACAAUGACUUGUUAAUUGGCUGAUUUAUGUUUUAUUUUAUUAGAAAUUGUUUCACCUUUCAUAGGCCUUGCCCUGGUGAAAGUUUUACAGAAGUAAUUAACAGCCAGAAGUUUCCCAGCACAUUAUUUAUACUUGAAUUAGAACCCAUUAAAAUGAUAGAUCCCUGUUUUUCUCGAUGUAAUUGUUCAUGUAGAAAUUUUGAACACCGAGUGAUAAAAGGGGCGGAAAUUAGUUUGUCAUAGAAGAGAAUUAAUGAUACCGCAAAGGCCUUCUGUUAUGCUCUACUCAUCAUGGAUGCGAUAGCCAAGUGUUGUGAUAUACUUUGCUGGUGCAAUACAAUUUUUUGACCUGAUGAAAGUAUAUUACUGUGGUAUAUACUUGCAAUUUUAAGCUGUUUAAUAAUUAUUAAUUGGCUAAUGCGAAUUACAUGGCAUUUGUUGUGGAAUAUGGAUGGAUUCCAGCAGGUAUUGAGAAUCAUCUGUUAAAAUUUA